AUGGAUUCCAUAUGGUUAGAACUAAAAAAACGCAUAGCACUCACAUCUCUAGAUGAACUUAAUGAACAAUUAUCAAAUUUAGAACUGUUAUGCAAUACCGACUUCAAUUUGAAGCUGUUAGAUUUUGCUCGAAGUCGCCAUGAUUGUUUGACUAAAUGGAAUAAUUAUGAAGAUGAACUGAUAUCAUUAAUUGAAAAUAUAAACAGAUCGCUUGGCACAAAUAAUAUUUUAUUAGAAGAAUUAGAUGCGAUUAAAAAUGGAAAAAAAAGGAUCGUUAUCGCUUGUUUAGGUAGUCUGAAAUCAGCCAAAAGCAGUUUUAUUAACUUCCUUCUUGAAGAGGAAAUAUGUCCAAUUGCAGAUGAGGCAGCAACGGCUCGUCUCACUAAAAUAACAUAUGGUGAUCAAAUAGAACUGAUGUUGAUAGCAAAAGAAAGUGAACCUAAGACGUUUCAUUAUGAAAGUUAUGGUAAGCUUUUAUCUGAAGCAUAUAAAUACAUUGUUCUUCCAACUGAUCAACGGUCGCAAGGAUGCAAAGAUGAAAUAAUAAUAAAAGUGCCUAUUGAAGAAUUAAGAGGUAUUGAGUUAUGGGAUAUACCAGGAUUUGACGAAAGUCAAACGCUAGAUAACCGUAUAACUACAGCUUUGCUGUUUAUUCAUCAACAAGAUUUGACACAUCGUGAUAUUAAACCCCAGAAUAUUCUUUUCAAGAUACGUGGCGAAGAAGUUUCAUUCUAUCUUGCUGACUUUGGUCUUGUACAUCAGGAUCCAGUAACGCCUUGGGGUACUCCUGGAUACACUGCACCUGAAAUCGCGAGUGGCAAUUUAGAACUAAUAACAAAUAAAGCAGACAUUUUUUCAUGGGGUGUUACAAUUAAUGAAUCGAUAAAAUAUUUACCGAAUACAAUCGUUGAAAAUAGCAAAAAACUUCGAUCAUGGGUAGUUACUGCCAACAAGUGCAUGAAUAAGAGCCCGGAAAAAAGACCAUCCUGUGAAGAAAUUAUCAUCACUCAUAGAUAUGUAGAUAAUUAA